AUGCCGAACGCCGAGCCGUGGACCCCAGCAGAAGAUGUAGCUCUGUGCAAGGCGUACACGAACAUCUCUGAGGACGGCGCCACAAGCACGGACCAGCGCUCCUCUCUCUUCUGGGACCGCAUACACGACACGUAUACUGGGCUGGUACCAGCAGGUACACCUGCAAGGAAGGCAGGAGCUCUACAAAGUCGAUGGUCUGGGCUAAUUCGCCCGGACGUAUCUCUCUUUGCUUCAUGUUUGGCUGUGGUGAAAGCUGAAGAACACAGCGGCUGGACAGAUAUGGAGCACAUUGACGAAGCUCUGCUGCGCUUUACGGCUAAGAGAGAACAGCUGAACGCCAAUGCCACGCACGAAUACGAAGAAGAAUUAAGAGCAGGAGCUACAAAAGGGAAGCGAAAGCCCCGCGUGAGACCGGAGCUAUUCCGCCUGCACCACUGCUACGAGGUUCUUCGACAGAGUGUCCGCUUCAUGCGUGAUGUUCCUCGGCCACGUAAAAGGCCCCGGCUCCCAGUCACCCACCAGCUCAAUAAUGAUGACGGAAGCGAUAACUCCGAGAGUGAUGGUCGUGCGAGCUCCGUUGAAAUAGGAAAUGCGUCUGGAACUGAAGGGUCCCAAUCCACAGCAUCUAGCGCUCAACUGUUGAGGCCUGCGUCAGCAGGUAAGAAAAAAGCGAAACAACUCGAGCUCGAAGGACAGGUGGAUAAGGCAAUUAUGCACUCUCAACGCGAGUUAGCCAACGCAACGUCUGCUCAGGUAUCAAUCAUGAAGGAACAGCUCGAAGUAGCAAAACAAAAAGUGGAACUCAUGGCGAAUCAACAACAAGCACUGCGAGAUCAAGCUGAGAUGUCUAUCAUGUGUACAUCUACAGAGGGCCUUUCUGAUUUCGGGAAAGAAUAUCUUUUACUAAAACAGAUAUUGGAUGAAAUGAAGAAGAGAACACAGACCAGCUAA